GUUGGUUUUAGAGGCCCAAACGAAGAUGUCUUCAUCAAUGUGGUCGAUGGUGGUGUUGAUGGGAUCUAUAGUGGGUUUUGUGGCUUUACAAAUUGACCACAAAGCCUACUGUAAUCUGCCCUAUUGCGGGAUGAACAAUAUUGUGUGCCAGAAAGCUAACUACAGUUUCAUUUGCCGCCGCAGCACAAGACUGGUAGAUUUGACCAGUAGCCAAAAGGAUAAUUUGCUUCACAUGGUGAAUGACUUUAGAAAUAGAGCGGCCAAGGGACUGACCCGCACCCUUCAUCCCGCCGGGAGAAUGGUCAGGAUUUCCUGGUCCGAUGAACUGGAGCACUUUGCCAAAAUGGACGUGAUGAGCUGCAUGCCCACCCCACGUCCCUGCAUGACUUCCCCGAAUUUUCCCAACAUUGGCAGCAUCUUCGAUACCGAUGGUUACAUGGGACCCAAGCAGAAGAGCUUUAGCCGCAUAGUAAACAUGGUCUCAAAGUGGACAAAGGAGGGACGGUAUGUGACCCGCCAACAAACUAUAUUCUUAACAGAUCGCAGUGAUCAGAGAUCCGUUUUCCGACCUGCACUUUUGAUGGCCGAUCGUAAUACCCACAUGGGAUGUGCUGCAGUCAAGUUUUCCUAUCAGCGGUUUAACUACUUGUAUCUAAGUUGCACCUUCGCGACAGUAAACAUACUGGAAGCUCCCAUCUAUAGGGUCGCUGAGAGCCCAGGUAUAUUCUGCAAGGAACGCGAUGAGGUUUACACAAAUCUGUGUUCCGUUAGAGAGGAAUAUCCCGAGAACAGAAAAUACGUUGAGUUAACCCGGUAUAUGACUUAGCUAAUAGGAAGUUCACUUUGAUUUCAAUUGAAUUACAUUGUUUGUCAGUUAAAUGCCAUGGUAAUCGCAUUGUUAGCGAAUGACAAAAACCUCUCGUGUUGAGUGAAAUAAAUCAAAAGUGUGACCCGUCA